UAUUCAUGAAUCUGACGGAUGUUUUUUUUUUUCUCUGCUUCUUCUCCUUCAGAUGUCACUUGACAGCCGUAACAGCGAUGCCAGCAUCAUUAUCGAUUGCCAGAAUCUGGAGGAUAACGGACACGAUGAACGACACGGCCACGCUACCGGGACACGACUACCACGGGAAUCGGGAGCAAAGAGUUUGCGAGACGGCGUACUGCAACGAGAUCGCUACAAAAAUUCUCAGAAGCAUGGACCCCACAGCAGAUCCAUGUGAAAAUUUUUAUCAAUACGCUUGCGGGUCAUGGGCAAAGCACAAUCCUAUACCGGACAAUGAAGUUGAAUGGUCCGAAGACCAGGUCAUCAUGGAGAAGACCUACAAAAACAUUAAAGAUGUCCUCGAGGAACAAGAUAAACCUACUGAUAUCCUGCCGAUUAAGAUGGCAAGGAAGCUUUAUCGUUCCUGCAUGAACAUAGAGGCAAUCGAAAAGAGAGGCAUCAAGCCGAUACAACAAAUCCUGGACUCUACAGGUGGGUGGCCAAUGGCUAUGCCAGUCAGGGAAUGGGAUCCACAUAAGUUUCCAUGGCAAAAGAUCGAUAAGAAUUACGUGACAGUAAUUGGCAACAGCGCAUUCUACAACAUCGAAUAUGAAGUUGAUCAGAACAAUACGCAGCGCUAUGUGCUUACAGUAGAUCAAGACACAGAGUACCCUCUAGCAAGUAAGAGGGACCUGGGUAAAAUAUUCAACGAUGAUGACACUUACGCGCUAGGCAUCUACCGCAUAAUACAAGCUUUCGCAAAGGAGAAAGGGUACACUUUGAACAGACGUCAAUUAAUCGAUGACGUAGCAAAACUGGUUGCAUUUGAGAUUGAACUACUCACUAUCAUUGAGACGGACAAGGAAACGCACGCCUCCAGCACGAACUACAGAAGACUGACGAUCGAGGGUCUGCAAAAAUGGUACAACAGUUCUGGUGUUACAUCUUCCACGGCAAAAAUGAACUUCUUGGAAAUGAUGCAAUAUGCGUUCAAGCUGGCAAACAUUAGCGUGAACGCGUCCGAACCGAUUGUACUGUACAACCCAGUAUUCCUUCAUAAGCUGGCGAGGUUGCUUGGAAACACACCGCGUCGCGUACUUGUAAAUUACGUCCAGUGGAACAUGGUCAACAAAUUUCUGUACUUUACCACGCAAGAUAUGAGGGACAUCAUGUUCAAUAUGUCCUAUUCGUCGUAUAAUAUCUCCAACUACAUGCCACGAUGGGAGGUUUGCCUGCUCAAUAUGAGAAUGAAAGACGCAGUAUCGUACAUGUUUGUCAAAAAGUACAUCACAGACGAUGUUAUUAAUGAGACAAAGGAAAUGGUUGAAAGAAUAAGAGAAGAGUUGAGAAACCGUAUAAUGCGGGCUCAAUGGCUGUCAGACACAGUGAAAAAAUCGUUGGCACACAAAUUGGAUACAGUUGAAACGCAGAUUGGAUAUCCAGAGUGGUACAAGGACGAUCAAGCUAUGAUUCAGUUCUAUGAAGGGCUACAAAUCGGUUCGAACUAUUUCCAAAACCUUUUAAAUUGCGCCGAGAUUGAUUUAAUUAGAAGCCUAAAAGAAUUUAGGGGCAUUGUUGCCAGAAACCAAUGGCUAGAUUAUCCUAUUACCGUCAAUGCAUUCUACACUCAAACGGUUAACGCUAUUCUUAUACCAGCAGCUGAACUACAAGAUCCUUAUUUCACGCCACUUUUACCGAACGCCAUUAAUUAUGCAGCCACUGGGUUUGUAAUCGGACACGAACUGUCUCACAGCUUUGAUAACGAAGGAAUACGAUUUGAUACGGAUGGGUACAAGUCCGAUUGGAUUUCUUCGGAUGCAAUGCAAAAAUACGAGGAACGAGCAACCUGUUUCGUUAAACAGUUCGGUAAUUACACGCUCGACGUUUUAGACGAACAUGGAAAAAAAAUUAAGUUGGAUGGCAAACUGACGGAGGACGAAAACUUGGCAGACUCGGUUGGCGUGCAAGUAGCUUUCUCAGCUUACAAAAAACUUGCGCAGCAGAAGCCUGACACGAAGCUGUCCGGUUUAGAAAAUCUCACCAGCGACCAACUAUUCUUUUUAGAAUUCGCGAAUUCAUGGUGCUCAUCGGUGAGACCAGAAUACGAGGUGGACGUGGUAAACAGCGACGAACACAGUCCCCCCAAAUAUCGCAUUAUAGGUUCACUCUCAAACAUGGCUGCCUUUGCUCAAACAUUCCAAUGUCCUCGACGUAGUUCAAUGAAUCCAGAACACAAAUGCAACUUAUGGAAUUAA